AUGGAAUCAGAGGAUACAGUACGAAGAGCUGUGCAUAAAUCGGUAGGUGUGUUUGUAUCAAUCCCUGGGAUUAGUGUAUGGAAGGACACGAAUUCAAAACUUUUGCUCAAGAAGUUGUCCCAUGAGGGCCAGUAUCCUGCAAAGCCAACUGACAUCAUGCAAAGGAUUUGUGAACGAGAGAUACUGUAUAUAUUAAUUAGUUCGUGGCACUGCUAUGCCAAGAGAACAUGGUCCAACACUGCUAUCGGUAUUAGCGAGGAAAUGCUAUUAGGGCCAAAAAAAAUCAUCGUAGUAAAUUUCUCAUUAUUUCAAAAAAUUGGUCUUAAAAAGCUUCGAUUCGUAAUAAUACAGCUGUUCUCCUUCCAUAACAAACUGCAAUUUGUGGUACGAAGAGAUGGAAGAAGUCAUGAUACUGCUGCGCAGUUACAACAGUUAUGUAACAAAUAUCACAUUGCUCUUAAUCGAUGA